CAGGGGUGGGGAGGAGAGGGCCGGCCGGCAGUGCCGGGGGCUCGGAGGCACGAGGGAGCUAGGUGCUUCCCAGGCGCGGCCAGGAUGGUGGCCCCGACGUGGGUGGUGGCCCUGAUGUUCCAGGGGAAGCAGCCAUCGUUGUUCCCCGGGUCGGGCUGCGGAAGGGGUUGCUUCGCGUCGGAGCCUGCAGUGGUUGUCCGAACUCACUUCAUCCAUGCCACAGCCUCAGGAGGUGGGAGCGCCUCCGGCUCAGGUGGCAGGACUGGAUGCACGUCCUACAGGCAGUAAGGGACGGAGCCAUCAGUCAAGUCCAGGCUUUCUGGGGAGGCAUCGUGGUGAUCAUGGAGGGCUUCCUGGAGCAGGUGGUGCUGUGGCUCAUAAAGCCUCACCAAGCCCCGUGUGACACCAGGGUAUAGGCGGAUUGCGGGACGGGCAGUGAAGAGUCGGGGUUCCGUGGGGAUUAGACACCCCCACCCUCGGCCCCCUGUCCCAUCUGUACAAUGAGGAGAUGGGACCAGAUGGCCUUUUGAAGUGUCCCUUCCGAGUCUGGAGCUCACUUCUCCACGUCAAUGUUUGCUAAAUAUUUUUCCCUUUAGGAAGCCUGUCGUCUGACUGCCAACGCCCCCUCUCUCCCCACGCUCCCUUUGUGGUUUCAGGGUUGUCAGUGGGUGUCCCGGCGGCGGCGAUCACUAUUCAUGACCACAAGGGCUGGAAAGACUCUUAUCUCUUUCUGGCCACCCAGGCUGCAGAUGCGGUUGGAAGGUUCACCCUGGAGGCGGUGCCAUGAAGCAGGCCCCGGAGCCGGACAGAGCUGCGUUCAACCCCCUGCUUUUCCACGGAAACCUGGGCCCAUCAGUCCACCUCCGAGAGCCUCAGUUUCCCCAUUUGUAAACUGGGAGAAAUUGUCAAACAGCACUCCAGAAAAAGUUGCGCCAACUUGUACCCACCGAGAGUGAAUGAGAAUAGCAGUUUGCCAGAGCCUUGCCAACAGUGAAUGUUGCAGAUCUCGGCUAAUGUGGGUCCCAAGUGAUGGUGGUUUACCCGGAGGACAAGCUGAGCCCCGCAAGACUGGUUAGCACGGCGGAGCCCGGAGCGGCGCCUGCUGGCUGGUGGGCGUGAACCGCGGGAUCUCCGCGUCUCAAGCCAAGAGGAAGCAUGUCGAAGAAGGGCCGGAGCAAGGGCGAGAGGCCCGAGAUGGAGACUGAUGCCGUGCAAAUGGCUAACGAGGAGCUGCGGGCCAAGCUCACUAGCAUCCAGAUCGAGUUCCAGCAGGAAAAGAGCAAGGUGGGCAAACUGCGCGAGCGGCUGCAGGAGGCCAAGCUGGAGCGCGAGCAGGAGCAGCGGCGGCACACCGCUUACAUCUCGGAGCUCAGGGCCAAGCUGCACGAAGAGAAGACCAAGGAGCUGCAGGCGCUGCGCGAGGUGCUCAUCCGGCAGCACGAGCAGGAGGCGGCGCGCACCGCCAAGAUCAAGGAGGGCGAGCUGCAGCGGCUGCAGGCCACGCUGAACGUGCUGCGGGACGGCGCGGCCGACAAGGUCAAGACGGCGCUCCUGGCCGAGGCGCGCGACGAGGCGCGCAGGGCCUUCGACGGCGAGCGCCAGCGGCUGCAGCAGGAAAUCCUGGAGCUCAAGGCUUCGCGCAAGCAGGCCGAGGAGGCGCUCAGCAACUGCAUGCAGGCCGACAAGACCAAGGCGGCGGACCUGCGCGCUGCCUACCAGGCGCACCAGGACGAGGUGCACCGCAUCAAGCGCGAGUGCGAGCGGGACAUCCGCAGGCUGAUGGACGAGAUCAGAGGGAAAGACCGUGUGAUCCUGGCCUUGGAGAAGGAACUCGGCGUGCAGACCGGCCAGACCCAGAAGCUGCUUCUUCAGAAGGAGGCUCUGGAUGAGCAGCUCGUUCAGGUCAAAGAGGCUGAGCGGUACCACAGUAGUCCCAAGAGAGAGCUCCCGCCUGGCAUCGGGGACAUGGCAGAGCUCAUGGGCGUCCAGGAUCAACAUAUGGACGAACGAGACGUACGGCGAUUCCAACUGAAAAUUGCUGAACUGAACUCGGUGAUACGGAAGCUGGAAGACAGGAACACCCUCUUGGCAGACGAGAGGAACGAGCUGCUGAAACGCUCCCGGGAGACCGAGGUCCAGCUGAAGCCCCUUGUGGAGAAGAACAAGAGGAUGAACAAGAAGAAUGAGGAUUUGCUGCAGAGCAUCCAGAGGAUGGAGGAGAAAAUCAAGAGCGUCAUGAGGGAGAAUGUGGAAAUGAAAGAGAAGCUGUCGGCACAGGCGUCCCUGAAGCGGCACACUUCCUUGAACGACCUCAGCCUGACGAGGGACGAGCAGGAGAUCGAGUUCCUGCGGCUGCAGGUUCUGGAACAACAGCACGUCAUCGACGACCUCUCGCUGGAGAGAGAACGUCUCUUGCGCUCCAAACGACAUCGCGGGAAAGGUCUGAAGCCACCCAAGAAGCAUGUUGUGGAGACAUUUUUUGGAUUUGAUGAGGAGUCUGUGGACUCGGAAACCUUGUCAGAAACCUCCUGCAACACGGACAGGACGGACAGGGCCCCAGCCACGCCCGAGGAAGACUUGGAUGAUACGACGACGAGAGAAGAGGCCGACCUGCGGUUCUGCCAGCUGACCAGGGAGUACCAGGCCCUGCAGCGGGCCUACGCCCUGCUUCAGGAGCAGGUGGGGGGGACGCUGGAUGCUGAGAGAGAGGCCCGGACUCGGGAACAGCUCCAAGCUGACCUGCUGAGGUGUCAGGCGAAAAUCGAAGAUUUGGAGAAGUUGCUCGUCGAGAAGGGACAGGAUUCCAAAUGGGUUGAAGAGAAGCAGCUUCUCAUCAGGACAAACCAGGACUUGCUGGAAAAGAUUUACAGACUGGAAAUGGAAGAGAGUCAGCUGAAGAACGAAAUGCAGGACGCCAAGGACCAAAAUGAGCUGCUAGAGUUCCGAGUGCUGGAGCUCGAAGAGAGAGAGCGGAGGUCGCCAGCAUUUAACCUCCAAAUCAGCACCUUCCCCGAGAACAACAGAAGCGCUCUCCAGCUGUUCUGUCACCAGGAAGGAGUUAAGGAUGUGAAUGUUUCUGAACUUAUGAAGAAGCUAGAUAUCCUUGGCGAUAACGGGGUAACUAUGCCGGCCGGCUUCUGCGCUCGCGCUCUCGUCUCCACCUGGGUGUGUCCUGUGUGCCUUUCCUUUCUGUUCGGUUCGGGUUCUUCCCAACGUAAGAGAUCUGACACGCGCAGUAAUUUGAGAAACGAAGAACAGGUUGCAAUAAUCCAAGCUGGAACAGUGCUUGCCCUGUGCGAAAAGUGGCUGAAGCAAAUAGAGGGGACUGAGGCGGCCCUGACCCAGAAGAUGCUGGAUCUGGAGAAGGAGAAGGACCUGUUCAGCAGGCAGAAGGGCUACCUGGAGGAAGAGCUGGACUACAGGAAGGAGGCCCUGGACCAGGCUUACCUGAAAAUCCAGGAGCUGGAGGCCACGCUGUACAACGCGCUGCAGCAGGACCCGGGGCGGAGGGCCAGCGAGGCGCUGAGCGAGGGCCAGCGGGAGGAUCUGCAGGCCGCCGUGGAGAAAGUGCGCAGGCAGAUCCUGAGGCAGAGCCGCGAGUUCGACAGCCAGGUUCUGCGGGAGCGCAUGGAACUACUGCAGCAGGCCCAGCAGAGAAUCCGAGAGCUGGAGGGUAAGCUGGAGGUCCAGAAGAAACACCUGAAGGAGCUUGAGGAGAAGCAUUCAUUCUGUGGCCUUGAUGACGUCAGUGAGCAAAGAACUCGGGAUAGAAAAAGAGCUUAUGGAAUACAUUGAGUCCCUGCGGCAUCCCCAACCCCACUCACACCAAAAUCCAACAGCAAAACAAGCUCCUUCAAGCCAGAGACUGAAAACAGAAUUCACGUGUACUUGACGAGGAGGCCUU